AACAGAAAAAAGUAUUAAUUAUAAUAUCAAAAUUUAUAUAUCAUAUGAACAUAUGAUAGAAUAAACGCUGUUGAAUGAAAUGCAUCGAUAAAAUACACAUGGGCAGCACAGUGAUCACGACGACAUCUUCGUAGCGUCUGCCAGUUUAUUGUGUUCAUCAUGGCUUCGACGGAAUCCUCGGCCUGCGAGACACUUGAUUUAAGCGGUCAGGGACUUAAAAAGCUCUCCCGUUGUCCGUCGGAUGCAGAUAUCAGUACAUUGAUCUUAGACGACAAUGAGCUCCAGCGUCUAGAUAAUCUUGAUUCUUAUCAUAGAAUUACGAAGCUUUCAAUUGUAAGAAACCAAUUAUUACGGAUGUAUGGUGUAUCAAAGUUACAUAAUCUUGUAACUUUGAAUUUAGCAAAUAAUGGUAUCUUAACCAUAGAAGGAAUAAAGGAUAUGAUAAAUUUACAAACUCUCUGCUUAGCUGGCAACAAUAUAAAGUCUAUUGAACAUUUACACACAAAUACCAAAUUGGAACAUCUAGAUUUGUCUGAGAACAGUAUCAGCCACAUCUCAGACAUUUCAUAUUUAAAAAAUUUAAAGGAACUUUUCUUGCAUAACAAUCGCAUCAUAACAUUGCGGCAAUGUGAACGCUAUUUACCUACUUCGUUAGAAACGUUUACAUUGGCAAAUAACAACAUUACUGAUUUAAAUGAAAUGUCACAUUUAGCUAAUCUAAAAAACUUGAUCCAUUUCUCAAUUGCCAAUAAUCCAUGUGUCAGUAUGGCAGGUAAUAGUAUUGGGUUUGACUAUCGUCCUUUUGUUAUCAAUUGGUGUAUGAGCUUAAUAUCAAUUGAUGGCUAUCCUGUUGAUCCUAUCGAAAGUUUAAAGGCAGAGUGGCUAUAUUCUCAGGGACGCGGUAGACAAUUCCGUGUUGGUGAACAUGCACUGCUUGCUCAAUACUUAGCAUCUGUCUGCCCUCUCUCUGGUGAAUCCCUAGAAAACGAGACCGACAGGAAGCUUAGGCUGAUUUUGAGUAAAGCACAACAUCAUCAGCAGCAAUUAAAUCAACAAAGCGACACUGGAAGUGUGCACAGCUUGAGUAGCGUCGGAAUGAGUCCUUCUCCAGCCACUAGGCGUAGACUUAGUCAUAUCAGGACAAGUUCUCCUAGACGUGCCAUUGCGCCAAUGUUGACAUACUAUGAAGAUAAAUGCUUACAGUCACCAAAAUUUUACGAAGCAAAGUACUGUGUGUGCCAUUCACCUUGUAAAGGUACAUCGAGAAAUUCAUUAAGAAUACGAUCUCCAGACAGAAUGAUAACUAGUUGCCAUACUGAUGCCAUGGUUUCUUCAUGCCAUACUCUUUUAAACGAAGAACAUGAAACAUUAAUGACACAAAGUUUGGAUCCGAACAUGCUAUGUGGCACAUUAAAUAAUAAGUUAUCGAGUAAUCCUGUUGCAAGUAUUGAAGAAACAUCUAGUCCUUUGCAGGCUGCGACAAAAUUAGUGCCUGUUCCAGAAUCUCUUAUGAGCCCAGACUUUCGCCCACCGUCUGGUCUUUCUCGUGUGUUAGCGAAAACACCACCAAGUAAAUUAACAUCACCGUGCCAAAUUACGAUGCCCAGUAAACCCAUGACCGAUGGAGAUGGCAAGGCCAUUCCCAUAAUAAAUACAGUAAACCCAAUGGCGAAAACGAAUCUCAGCGCUAUAAAAGCGAAUGCGCUUGUAAAAAGUAACUCUGCAACCAAUUGUAAUAUUGGGAAACCAAGUAUCGCUAAGCCUAUUGUUACGAAUCCUAGUAAUAAAUGCCCGCAUAGUGUGAAAAUUAAUAAUUAUGUCCAAAGUAAAACGUUACCAGGAAGACGAAGUACAAAGAAUUCACCAAAUCUAGGCAGAAGCAUACAAAGGCCCAAAAGCGCAAAUGAUAAACUUAAAAGUAGUUUAAUUAAGAAAAGCGGAGAUGGAGACGCAGGUAAUGCUACUCAGAGUAGCGACGAGGAUAGCGAAGUAUGCCAAGCAAAAUUGGACAGUAUUCGCAACAGGGCAAUCCAAAGAAGACAAGAAGAUAGUAACAAAGAUCAAGAUGAAGCUGAAAAAGCAGCAAUAUGCAUCCAAAGGAUGUGGAGAGGCUACCAUACUAGGAAUCUUAAUAAAAAGGCAACUAAUGUUCUGAAGACUAUUGAAAUGAUGAGGACUGUCAAAUAUAUUGAGAAACUUUCUACCGACAUGGAGGCUACUAGAACAGCUUUAGAAAGCGAGCAUAAGUUACAGUUAUUACAAAUGCAAGCGAUUAAUGCAUUAUGGAAAAAAGUUGUUAGUCUGCAGCCUACUACUAAUCGAGAGUCUGCGAAUAAUGAAAACGAAAACCUUGCACAAAAUGUAGACGUUGUAACCAAUUUAGCGCAGACAUGUAAUUUAUUACAUACUCAGGUUCAACAAUUACAAGAUUCCAUGUCAGAAAUAAAACGAUGCAUGUCGAACAUGCAAACGAAACAAAAUCUGAUUGAUAACGCUGUCGCAACGCAAACUGAAAUUUCUGCUGUUCAUACACCAGCAGGCGAGGAAAACACAUUUCCUUAUACACGACCGCAUAGACCACAGACAUUGCCAAUCCAUCAAACGAUUCAUGAAGGCAAUGAGAACAAAAGUUUUGCGUCUAAUCUUAUCGACAGUGUACUGAAGAAGGUCUCUCAGUCCACCGACACGACAGACGACGAAGUUAAUACCGAUAUAUUAAAUUCUAAUGAGAAUCCUGAACUAAUGAAUUCAAACGAACACGCAGAAAUGUUUAAAAGCUGUGAAGAAAUUGGGGAUCCUGAGUUUAAAGAUGUAGCGUGUAUCGACGGGACAAAAGAAUACGAUGUAAUCGAUAAUACUGUCAUAAAUGGCGAGGUUUGCGAGGAAACCUUGUGUAAAGAGUUGCACAAUUUAAUCGAGACAGAAAUCACGUCGGAAAAUGGCCAAAAUCUCGAUAAAGAGGAGAGCCCUGAAGAAUUUGAGAUAGAACAAGCUUAAUUUACAAAAGCACGCAAGAGAGAAUACUCGAGAAAGUGAAGGUGCAAAGUCAUGAGUUUGAAAUAGAAAUAAUGAAAAAGAAAUUACGAAUUACAGCGAACCGUGUUUAACACAGAAAUGAAAACGAUAUCUAACUAAAAAAUGCUCACUGUAUAUAAAUUACAAAAUAGCUUUUAUCGUAUUCAGACAACAAAGUUUUAUGAUUUUAGUCGCAUGUAUUUCCUACAGUUUAUAAUCAAGAAGGAUGUGAUACUUUACUCGGAAGUUCAAAAACUUUUCGAGAUAAACAAUUAAAAACUGAACAAGUACUAGUCGCAUAAUUUUAAAAAGUCACGUCGCUAAACAAUUUUAUCAUGUAACGUCGUACAUCGUGGUCAUUGAAGCAAUUUUGAAAAAUUUUCCGUCCACAUAUCUGGCUCCUGAAAAUUUCAUCGAUGUACAAAGUGUGUAUGAAUAACGUUGUGUAUCGUAAACGAAAAACUUUGCCCCUUCUUAAAAUUACAAAAAAUGUUAUUGUACAGGAUGAACUACGCGCUUGACAUCAUACAUUCCCAUGUCGUUCGUCAGUUUCCAGAUCGAAAUAGCUGUAGAGUCAUAGAAGUGAAUUUUGAUAUAUAAAUGCAUUCCUUGUAAGUGGCAGAAGAAUUUUCGGUUUUGUUAAGACGUUGCCUGAAUAACAUUUAUAUAGGUAAUUAUUCUAUUUAUUUUCUUAUUUAUUUAUUUACUAUUUCUUUAAGAGAUGCGAGAUCUAGAGAAAAAUGAUAGUGCUGGAGAUGGUAGUUAGUAACAGAGUCAUUUUUAAUCUAGUCACUGCAAUAACUCCUAUGCUUGUAACUGCUGUAGAUAAUUAACUAAAACUUGUUACAUAGGUAUACAGUGUUAUUAAAACAAAGAAACAGAAUACCUUUCAACGAAAACAGAUAAUUAAAUUGUUGAAAAGAAGCGUGAGUUUUUAAUUAUAACGAAAGAAGAUUGCAUUUAGCAACCUUUCAUAUGUGCGUGAACUUUACACAUCUGUUUUUUAUUUACAGUAUUUAGAUAUAAAAAGAACUCACGUUCUAGGAUUACUACUAUAACGCAACAAACUACGUGUGAGCUCCUACUAAAAUAAUACCAUAGCAUUUAUUUUGUGUGACAUAUUUUUGUCAUGUGUCGCAUACAACAUUUUAACACUUUGACUUGUUAAAAACUUGAUAUAAGUGUUCAAUAAAUGAGUUGCAUACAC